CUCUAACCCUCGACCCUUUGGCCUCAAAACACCCUCUUCGGAACCUUGCCGCAGCCGGUCGUCGGCGUCACGCCCAUCUCGAACGCCCCCUCCUCCGCCUCGCGCCGGCUCUCCAUCUGCCGCCUGCCAGCUUCACCUCGUCCAUCGGCCUGCCUUCCCGGGCACUCUCUCGUUAUACUUCGCAUUCUCAUGCCUUGUCGACGGUCGUAAGCUCAUUUCCUCGCCCGGCUUCACUUGUCGCAUCUUCGCGAGCGCAUGCGCAUUCGCCGCAACCACUGCCUAGACCGUCAUCUUCUGCGACAGAGCCUGGUGCAUCGAGUGCUCGUACUGGUAUCGCGGUGAACCAUCACUUCACUGCCGCCUUCCAGCCCCACGUUUCGACGAUAUCAUCUAUCCGAUACCUUAAGGUUGGAAUGGACUGGCCGUGACAACACGCCCCGUCUUUCUCGCAGCGCAUCAACGGUCCCCCAUCUUUGCGACAUACAUUGGACUCUCGCCUCCUCCCCCGCCGCUGGCGACGCCGCCUCUCGCGCUAUGGGGUGCUGCUUUUCUCGAUCCUCGGGCCCGAACUCGCCGUAUCCAGGCGGCGCCCCUAAUUCCUCCGCCCGACACAUCAACCCUCCACCCCUGACGCUUCCAGACGGCAUCCAGGCUGCUAGCCAUGGCGUAUCCCAGCCCGUCCCACCCUCUCACCAUCGCCGCCGCCGCCGAGACCAGGGUCCGCUCGAUCAGCACAUCAAUAAGCCCUUACGCCAACAUGAAUGGGCCUCCAAAGAUCGCAGGUGGACACGCCGAGGCCUAGACAAGGAGCGCGCCGAGUUUUUCGACACUAGGGUCACGGGCCGCGCGGAGAUAUGGCAGACGAUUCACGCGGCCCUGCAGGUCUUGUGGGAUCCUGCCACCGAAGACUCCAACGACGACGGCCUCAAUGGCCUCGGCACCGCGCAAUCGAUUCUGUCCGCCGCCGAAAUCUCUUUGCCCACGGGCGACCUUGCCAACGGCGUCUAUGACUCGCUCGGGAACUAUUACCAGCUGCCCCAGUGGGUCGUCGCCGACCCAACCAACCUCGCCGACGACAGCGACCCUGAUGGCAAGGACGCCGAGCUGCCUACAAGUGCUGGAGAGACUAUCGGGGCCGAUAUCAACGACGUGCCUGUGGAUGACGCCGAGAGAAGGCGAGAGGAGAAAGGCAAACGUGUGCUCGACGCGCGGGAACAAAUAAGGGUUCGAGCGCGACUGAGUGACUCGGGUCGAGACAUCGAUGUGUCGGUCGCCAAAACGGAUCCAGUUCGAAGCGUCAUACGGACCAUCGCAUCAGAAUCAGCGACUCCUUCCACCAAGAAGAUCCGCAUAGCGUACAUGGGCAAGAUGCUCAAGGAGGGCAUGUCUCUCCAGGACCAGGGCUGGCAAGCAGAUCAUAUCCUCAACGCCCUUGUCUUCAACCGAUAGCGUCGUUGCAUGCCACACGGGGCAGCGCACCAUAAUGCCCGUGUCGCCCCCUGGCCUUCUCUUUACGUUGGAUCAUACUGGCUCUAAGCGGCACAUUCGCCGCACGGCCUGCGCCGCGACCUCUGCAACUCUGUGCAGUUUUUUGUUUGUGCAUCGGAGUGUUUGUUGUUGGGUCUUCUGAGCGUUACUUCACCAUGGGCGAAUACCAUAUACGGCCCCUCAUUUUGUUUGUGCUUCAAUUUCAACAUGUGCGUGGAGUGCCCGCACCUCUAGGAGUUGGGGGCUGCUUGCUGGUCGUUUUGUCCUGGGUAUUGGUCUGCUUGUCUUUUAAUAUACCCCGAACCAUUCCUC